AUGGCUGCUGUAGAGCCUUACUGCAAAAUAUUUUCUUCUAAUAUUUUUAACAAUGUGAAAGAGAUAUGCAGUGAUAAUAAACUAUGUGAAUCUAUUAAUAAAGUGGAUGUGAAGAAAGCUAGAAAAGAUUGCUACGACGCUUUUGGAAUUCCUGUGUCGGAAGAUGCUGUUCCGUUUGAAAUUUUUAAGGCGUGA